GUCAAUAAAAUAGACAGAGAUCCUCCUUUAGUUUGAUCUGUCUGUGCAAAGGAUACUUCCUUUUAGUCCUCUGUUGAAUCAUCCAAUUGAAUCUUACGAAAUUUUUAAAGAUGAGGUCGAUUCAAGCACCGAUUGUUUGCCCUAGUGUUCGUCCCAGACAAUUGGGUUUGUCUGCUUCACUAGUCAACUGCUCUGUUUCGAGACCUAGGAAGCUGCUCAGGAACCAGUUUUGGGGUAAUCAGACCAGAAAUGUCAAGUCUCAGGUUGCUACAGUUACUCUGAUGGUACGGAGGUGUAAGGGUGGUACUAUACAGUGUCUUUUCAGCUCUCAUUCUGAUGGUAACGGAAGCACUGCAGAGAAUUUUAACGAGAAUGAUGAAGAUUAUGUCAAGUCUAGUGUACUUGAAGCUGCUGAGGUAAGAAGUGGACCAGAUGGUUUCAUGGUGAAGAUGAGAGACGGUAGGCAACUUCGUUGUGUCCACAAUAAUCCUCAGGGAGGGAAUCUUCCGAGCUAUGCUCCACACUCUGCUAUUGUGUUGAAAAUGGAAGAUGGAACUGGUCUUCUUCUUCCUAUCAUCGUCUUGGAGAUGCCAAGUGUGUUACUAAUGGCAGCAUUGACAAAUGUGAAAAUAGCAAGGCCAACUAUGUAUGAAGUGGUGAUGGAGAUGGUAGAAAAAAUGGGUUAUGAGGUUAGGCUUGUUAGAGUUACCACCAGAGUUCACGAGGCGUAUUUCGCACAGUUGUUCAUAUCAAAGGUGGGCGAUAAGUCGGAUUGUGUCAGCUUUGAUCUUCGUCCUUCAGAUGCAAUUAAUAUAGCUGUCAGAUGCAAGGUACCUAUCCAAGUCAACAAGUUUCUAGCUUACAGUGAUGGAAUGAGAGUCAUCGAGUCUGGAAAGCUAUCAAAGCAAACACCUGCUUCUGAUGGUUUAUUACAUACUGAACUAGACCGGCCAAAUGGGCAGCCUUGUCUUGAUACAAAAGAGUUUGAUCUCUUGAACAACAUGAUGCAAGCUGUUAAUGAAGAACGGUAUGAUGAAGCAGGUAAAACUAGUCUCUCCCUUUCAUAUUCUUUUUUUAUUGGUUCCGUCUUAUUUUAUUUUUUUAAGUCUUGUCAACAAGUUUCUGUGUUUUAUGUACAUGGGUCAAAGAAAGAAAAAUAUAAUAUCGUGUACUGGUUUCAAUGGAUGUUGCAGCUGAGUGGAGAGACAAGCUUGGCCAGUUUCAAGCAAAACGCAAACUAAGGAAAUACACAUGAUCCACAUGUAUGGUAGAAAAACAAAACCUCACCUACUCUGUGGGCUUAUUAUAGGCAGCCAAAACUAGUAAUUUAUGUUGUGUGUUUCUCUUUCUGCAGGGCAGGUCGGAGGCAAAAGUAUUAAUAUAAAUAUGUAAAUAAUAAAGAAGCCAUUGCUAGAAGCUGUGAUAUGAGAAGUGGUGAAAGAGACGCUUGCAAAUUGCAAAAGAGAUAAUCUCUUUCGUGUGAUGGAGAAUACUUGAUCUCUCUAUCUACACUUGUGCACGUUAGUAAGUUCCCCGGAUGAUAAAAGACAAAAAAUAUAAGAAUCUUGUAUGUAGUGUUAUCUUGUGAAAUCAAUCAGUGAUGUGUACAUAUCAUAAUACAUUGAUCAUCUCUCUUAUCAGAAAGUAAGCACACUCUAAUUAGAUUUAAUAAUUUUAAUGAAUAAGUCCUGACUUGAUGAUUUCGUUUUUAGUCAAUUUGUCCUUACCGCAUUAUUGUAGUUUCCGGAUUACCGGAAGUAGGACCGCACGUAUAAUUGCC